AUGGCUGAAGCCUCUGCGUUACGGGACGGUUUGAAACUGGCUUGGGAGAGAGGCUGGAAACGUGUGGGCUGCGAAGUGGAUUCGGUGGAACUGCUGCAGGUGCUGCAGCAGCGUAUGAAUGGCAACAUUUUUCCAAUUGUAGUGGAGAUUUGGAACUACUUGGAUAGGAACUGGGAAAUUUCUAUUAAUCGCAUUUCGCGUGAUUACAACGCUGUGGCCGAUCACAUUGCCAGGAUCAUAGCCCGUACAGUGGUGCAGGAGUUUUGGGUGUUGGAGACCCCAUCUUUUGAGUUGGAAGUUCAUCUCCUUAGAGAUGUUAUGUCUGUAGUUUAG